AACCAUCUUGACUACUGGGAUUUGAAGAGUGGGAAUGGAAAUGGCACCUUGACUCAGAUCAGAAACCCACCCGGGACUUGAAAUUCCACUCAACAACAGCAAAAACAUGUAAAAGAAAAGGAGCAAAUUGGGAAACAGAGAGUGAAGAAAGAGAAGCAGCAGAAUGGGAAGGGUGAAACUUUAUCUCUUCUCUGUUCUCUGGCUUCUACUUGUAUUCAUGCUUCCUUCUACACAGGCUCAAACGGCGAGGCAACAGAACAACACAGGGUUCAGCUGCAGGGGAAGCUUCAAAUGCGAGGCCUACGCAUUCUACCGGGCCAGAGGCCCAAACUUUCUGGACCUGGCCGCGAUAGCGGACCUCUUCGGCGUUAGCAGGCUCAUGAUUUCAAGGCCCAGCAACAUCUCCUCCCCUUCCUCCCCCUUAGUCCCUGAACAAUCCCUCUUCGUUCCCAUACCCUGCUCUUGCAACCCCGUCAACAACACCUUCGGCUCCAUCUCCUACGCCAACAUCUCCUACACCAUCAAACCCAACGACACCUUCUACCUCGUCUCCACCUUCAGUUUCCAGAACCUCACAACCUACCCCUCCGUCGAAGUCGUUAACCCCUCCCUCCUUGCCACUAACCUCUCCAUCGGCGACAACGUUAUCUUCCCCGUCUUCUGUAAGUGCCCCACAAAUAAUAGGUCAAAAUACAUUAUCUCCUACGUUGUCCAACCCUCUGACAACCUAUCAUUCAUCGCUUCGAGGUUUGGCUCCGAUGAACAGUCCAUAAUUGACCUCAACGGUCGGACUCUGAAUGAUUACGACACCAUCUUUGUUCCGGUUACCCGCUUGCCGGUUCUGGCCCAGCCCACGGUGGUUCCUUCUGCGCCGCCACCGGGAAAUGGAACUGUGAGUGGAAACGGUUCUGAUGAUAGGACAGGGACUGUGCGAGGGUUGGCGAUAGGGUUGGGGGUUGCGGGGUUGUUGUUGAUUUUGGUGAGUGGGGUGUGGGUUUAUAGGGAGGUUGUGUUGAAGAAGGAGAGGCAUUGGGAUGAGGAGGAGCAAAGGAAGAAGGAGAAGGAGGAGUUUUUGUAUUUGGGAGGGAGAGAGGGGAAGAAGAUGGAAGCGAAGUUGAUGGCUAAUGUUUCAGAUUGUUUGGACAAGUAUAGGGUGUUUGGGAUUGAGGAGUUGGUGGAAGCCACCGAUGGGUUUGACGAGAGUUGCUUGAUUCAAGGGUCGGUGUAUAAAGGCUCCAUUGAUGGAGAUGUCUUUGCUAUCAAGAAGAUGAAGUGGAACGCCUACGAGGAACUCAAGAUCUUACAGAAGGUCAACCAUGGGAAUCUGGUGAAGUUGGAGGGGUUUUGCAUAGACCCAGAAGAAGUAAAUUGCUAUCUAGUCUAUGAAUAUGUGGAGAAUGGAUCCCUAUACUCAUGGCUGCAUGAGGACAGAAGCGAGAAGCUGAACUGGAAAACGAGGCUGCGAAUAGCCAUUGACAUUGCCAAUGGCCUCCAGUACAUCCACGAGCACACAAGGCCACGAGUGGUGCACAAAGACAUAAAGAGCAGCAACAUUCUCUUGGACUCCAACAUGAGAGCCAAAAUUGCCAAUUUUGGGCUUGCAAAGUCAGGAAUGAACGCCAUUACCAUGCACAUUGUAGGAACACAGGGCUACAUUGCCCCUGAAUAUCUAGCUGAUGGUGUGAUCUCAACAAAGAUGGACGUGUUCUCUUUUGGGGUUGUGUUGCUCGAACUAAUCUCUGGGAAGGAAGCUAUUGAUGAGGAAGGGAAUCUCUUAUGGGCAAGUGCCAUCAAAACUUUUGAAGUGGAUAAUGAGCAAGAGAAGGCUAGGAGACUGAAGGAAUGGUUGGAUAAGGCUAUUUUAAGGGAGACUUGCUCAAUGGAAAGUUUGACGGGUGUUCUCAACAUUGCAAUUGCUUGUUUCCUUAGAGACCCAUCAAAGAGGCCCAGCAUAAUGGAUAUUGUCUAUGCACUAAGUAAAAGUGAAGACAUGGGCUUUGACAUCUCAGAUGAAGGGAUUGGUUCCCCUCGGCUAGUGGCUAGGUAAGUCUGCUGGGUUGUAGUGGUGACCCAUCUGAUUUUGGGUUUUGGUCUUGAGAAAUAAAACCCCACUCAGACCAAAAAAGAGAACAGAAAACCACCCACUCUGUAGUACUUCAUGAAGUAUGGUUUUUCUGAGCCCAAAAAAUAAGGGAGAUAAAAUAAUUUUGGGCUGUAUAUUAUAUAUAAAGUAUGUGAUUACUGAUUAGUCACAUGUGUCUUGCAACUAUAGUCCAGAAAAAAAAAAUCAUGUCUUGUAACUAUGUAUGAUUUAUAAAACGGUUUUGGUUAAAUUUACUGUUGCAUGGUUUGAGUAGAGAAAGGCCCUAGAACUGUGUUGUUCCAAUUUUUGCUGAUUGCUAAUCUUUGUAUAGGACUGCAUAUUGACAGCAAUUAAGCUUUAAACUGGGACUUCGUAUAUUGGAAUGCCUUCGGCAGCAUUUGUGAAACAUGCAAAAAUUAAUAGUGUCGAAAGUUUUUGGAUGUUUUAGAUUUUUCUUUUAAUAUAUAGGAAGAGCAGUUUUAUAUUUACUGUUGGAUAAAAUAUUAAAGAUGCAAAAACUGAGUGCUCGAAAUGUAUCUAGGAUUAUUUUAGUAGUUUUGAUAAAUCUUAAUUAAAAUUGGUGUUUAAUUUUAAUAAUUCAUACAAUAAAAAAUUAUGUUAAAAAUCAAUAUAUUAAAGUAAAAAUUUAACUUUAAUUUAAAAACAGCAG